AUGAAAAUCCUGAUUGUUGGCGGCGGCAUUGCAGGCCUGGCCACAGCCGCGUUCCUUCGGCGUCGCACGAGUUACCAGGUGGAAUUAGUCGAGAGAGGUCCGCUUCUUUCUGACGCAGACGAUUACGGCAUCGCUGUCGCCUCGAAUGGCGUAGCGCUUAUGCGCCUGCUGUGUGAUGGCGAGGAUCUUUACCAGGAGCUUCAAGCCAAGGAACUCGAGCAAGUCGUGAAGCUCCAUCAUUCCAUACGCAUGGUCAAAAUUGACGUCAAAGACGGUACUGCAAUCGAUGACGUUGGAAGACGGUGGACAGAAGCUCACUGCGCAUAUAUGACCACUGCUCCAGCUUCGUUCUUAAACUCCCGCCAAUCGCUCCGCUUCCUUCUAGAGAAAGGCUGCCUCGUCAAUUGGUUCUACGACGAGCCAAACGUAGCCAAAGAUGAUGCAAGGCGACUCCAGCGUAAAGUCGUUGCCUAUCCGCUCGAUGACAAAGGAAACCAUCAGAUCUUUGGCUAUCUGCCCACCACAGAUGAAUUGCUUUCGCGUUUCGAGAGCUCGGAGAACACGCAGAGGCGGGUCAGUAUUGCCAACAAUGUCCCCGCCCAUGAGGCCGUUGCGGCAUUCGAGCCCUUUCACAAAGAUCUCAGGGAUUUAUUGAGCUGCCACCCGACAACGGACCUCUGCCUCGUUCGCGACAGUGAUCCGCUGCCCUCUUGGCGGGCCGCAAAGGCCAUCCUUAUCGGCGACGCAGCUCAUGCCGCCGCGCCUCGACUCAAGCUAGCUCCCGUCACAGAUGCUGGUCAGGGCUCGGCACAGGCCUUCGAGGACGCAGAGACCCUCUCACACUUCAUAUCUCACUUGGGUCUCGAAGAGGCGCUCGACCGUUUCGAGCAAGCACGAAAGCCUCGGGCACACUACGUUCAGUCAACCGGCAGGGUCCUCAACGGCUGCCUUAGUAUCGAUGGGUGGAACGAACAUCAUUACUAUACGACCAUUUACACCUGGAGAGGGUGUGGUAAGACGUAG